AUGCUUUAUAUAUUAGCCUUAAUGUAGUUGUUUUUUUUAGCAAUUACUUAGGAUCCUGUCGAUAAAUUGUUUGAGUUUCAGUAACUCAUGAAACAAAAAACUAAAGUUCCAAGUAAACGUUUUUGAAUAUUGCUUAGAAUAAACUAUUGUUGAAUAUGAUAGUUCAGAUAUAUUUAGUGAAGGCUAUAUCACAGUAAGUGAAUAAUCAGAAGAUGAUGAAUAUUAACAAUAUGAUGAGGUUUCACAAUACGAUGAGGUGGAUGAAUCUGAUGAUUAAUCAGACAAUGAUGAGGAGAUGAUUAUUUAAUAAUAAAAGGAAUAAGAGAAGAUUGAAUAACUGAAAAUAGAGUAACAGAGGGCUGAAUAAUAAAGAUUAGAAUAAUUGAAAUUGGAAUAAUAAAGGUAAGAAUAGUUGAGAUUAGAAUAAUAAUUUAUGGAGUAACAGAGAUUAGAAAAGUUGAAGCUUGAAUAACAAUAACAAUUAUAAAUGUUAGAUAAUGAAAAGAAAAGAAAGUAAAUAAUUGAAAUCCCCGAUGAUUGGAAUGAUGCUGAUGAUUAGAUGAUAUAGGUCCCUAAACAAUAAAAGAAGAAAAAACAAAAGAAAUAAGAUUUAGAAGAUGAAGAAUUAUUAGAAGUUUUAAAUUCUACUAAAAAGACAAAGGUUCAAUCUCUUGGAGAUUUGGAAGAGAUGGAAAAAAAAAUAAUAAAAAAGAAAAAAAGGAGAGAGCCAGUCCCAGAGGAAGAAUUUGUUUAGAAGGUACCAGCUUAAAACUAAACCUUCAUUCAUUUUAAUAAUAAAAAUAAUUAUUUAGAAUUAGCCCCUUGUAGCAAUAACCCUAUUUAAUAAAGAGCAUGUAGCUUAUGUAAAAGCGAGGUUGGAUACCAAUUAGACGAUGAUAAUUGGUAUAUGAUUGGUUUAUAACAUGGCUACAAGAAGGAGUUUCUUUUAUUGAUUGAAAUUACUAAACAAUCCUUUGGAGAUAGCCAGCUGUAUUUGAGUUUCUCAUCCAAUGGAUCUGCAUGUAUGACAAGCGAAACUCUCAAAUAAGAUAUAGAUGUUGAAAAUGUAUUAUAAAGGUUUUCAGGUAAAUCAUGGAGACACUUUAUUAAAAAUGAAUUGUUUGCUCUUCCGUAAAAGUUGGAAGGCAGAAGUUUUCAAUUCAAAGCAAUAUAUUAAAACAAGCAAUUUACAUUUUCAGAUUUUGAAAUUAAAUUUGCAUCCAAUCUAGUUUAAGAAUUAAAGUCUUUGUCUAAAUAAGAGGUUUCUAUUAGAACCAACACAGUUGAAUUCAUUGGAGAAUCAGUAAACAAUAUUAUUAAUUAAAUAGUUAUAAUGCACAUUAACAGGAUUGAUGAAAUAACAAAAUGAUGAGUUGCCAUUCUCUUUGAAAUUUAAGAAUGGUGAGAGUAUAUCAGAACUUCUAAUCCCAAAUUGUUAGAUUCCAUUACACAAUGAAAUAUUGUAUGGAGUUUCAGAUUUGUAUUUCGGAGAGUACUUUAAGGAGACUUUGCAAUAGAAAUUGAAAGGAAACUUUAGAGGAGACUUUAAUGCCACGACUUCAUUUGAGAAUGGAAAAUUGAAAGUGAGAUUGGCAAUGAAGAAAUUUAAUAAAUGAUUA